AUGAAAUAUUUAAAUAAGAGUUCUAGUAAUGAAUCUUUGAUUUCUCACCAAAAAGAACAACCAAUAUUAGAAAAUCAUAUAUUUAGAAAAGGAAGAAGAUUUCAUAACAUUGAAGGAAGUAAUUAUCCUUUUCCUGACGAUACAAUUGAAAUAAAUAGAUUAAAAUUGGAACAUUAUAUAUCAAAAUAUGCAUGGCAAGAAAAUAUUUUUUAUUCCCCAUUAGAAAAUGAAUUAGUCAAUGGUGGAUUUCGAGUAUUAGAUGUAGGAUGUGGUUGUGGUUCCUUUUUGUUAGACCUCGCUCAAGAAUAUAAAGAAGCAACAUUUAUAGGUGUUGAUAUUGCUGAUAUGAUAUUGAAAGAAAAACGACCAUCAAAUGUCGGAUUUAUUCAAUGCAAUGUCCUUGAAGGACUUCCUUUUCCAGACAAUACAUUUGAUUUUGUUUUUCAAUCUAAUAUGAUCGCAGCAUUCACUGAGAGACAAUGGCCAUUAAUAAUAGAUGAGAUUGUACGAGUUACCAAGCCUGGAGGAUGGAUUGAGUUAGAAGAAAGAUAUUAUGAUUUUGAAAGUUGUGGUCCAACUACCUUAGAAUUGCAAACAGAAACUUUAGAAUUUUCGCGAUCCAAGGGUUUAAAUUUCGCAAUGGCACCAGAAAUUUACAAAUUUCUUGAAUCACAUGAUAAAUUAUCAAAAAAUAUAUGUUCGGGAGUAACUAAUAUGGAUUUAGGAGGAAAUACAUUAGGAGAAUUGGCAUUCAAAUCGUUCAAAGAAAUGCAUUUCGCAAUGAAAAUUCCUUUUCUAGAACGAUUUUCCGAUAUUGAGUGUGAAGAAUAUUUUAAUAUCAUUCAUCAAGAAUGUGAAAUUAAUCAAACUAAUAUUAAAAUGUUUAAAUAUUUUGUACAGAAAAAUAUAGAAUAG